UCGCUGCCUCAGCGGCGGGGUGGGCGGUCCGGUGCGGUGCGGAGCGGCGCGGCGCGGGGUGAUGGAGCCGCGGGCCCUCACCGCCCGCGCUCCGGUACGCAGCGCCCGCUGAGGCCCGCCCGCCGCCGCCGCAGCGCGGCCGCCCCUCGCCUCCCGCCGCCACUCUUCCACCCCCGGGAAAUGGCCACGGAGCCCCCGCGGCCGGUGCCGCCCGCGGCGGGGCGCCCCGAGAGCGGGCGCGGGCGCUGCGCGGGCGGCGGGCACGGCGAAGCGGAGGAGGCCGCGGCCCAGCCGGCGCUCGGCGCCUCUCCGGGCCCCGCGGCGGCGGCGGGGGGCCGGCGGCGGGGUCUGAACGGCUGCGUGCCGCUGUCGCACCAGGUGGCCGGGCACAUGUACGGCAAGGAUAAAGGCGGUAUACUGCAGCAUCCAGAUGGGACUGUCCUGAAGCAGUUGCAGCCACCACCUCGCGGUCCCAGGGAGCAGGAGUUCUACAACAAGGUUUAUGACUCUGACUGUUGCGACAGCAUUCUUCUGGAGCUGCGGGAAUAUCUGCCAAAAUACUUCGGUGUCUGGUCACCACCUACUGCACCAAAUGAUACAUAUCUAAAACUGGAAGAUGUGACCCGUAAGUUUAAUAAGCCUUGCAUAAUGGAUGUAAAAAUAGGUCAGAAAAGUUAUGAUCCGUAUGCUUCAGCUGAGAAGAUACAGCAGCAGGUCAGCAAGUACCCGCUGAUGGAAGAGAUUGGCUUUUUGGUACUUGGCAUGAGGGUUUACCACAUCUCUUCUGACAGCUAUGAGACGCAAAACCAGCACUAUGGAAGGAGCUUGACAAAGGAAACAGUAAAGGACGGCAUCUCAAAGUUUUUCCACAAUGGGUACUGCUUGAGGAAAGAUGCGAUAGCUGCCAGCAUUCAGAAGAUUGAAAAAAUUUUGGAGUGGUUUGAGGGCCAGAAGCAACUCAACUUUUAUGCAAGCUCAUUACUGUUUGUUUAUGAAGGUUCGUGUCAGGCAACAACCGUGCGGUUGAGUGAUGUCACCUUGGCAGAGAAGAGAGGAGUGCCCAAAGGACUGUUAUCAGGUGGAGACAUACUGGAGUAUAAUAAUAAUAUUCAUGUAAUAAAUUCUACAGAGAAUGGAAAAAUUGAGGCCUCUGUAAGUAAAGGCCUGUCCAAAUUUUAUGCACUUCACAAAAAGGCGUACUCCAAGAGGCACCACAGUCAACUCUCGCUAAAAGUUGAAAACUUGGAGAAAGACAACGUGUGGAAAAGCAGCACAUGCAUUACGCAAGAGCAUCUGAACGGAAACGUUAUACCCCAACUGGAAAAAGUUUUCUGUCACAUGCCAGCAGAGAUCAAGGAAAGCGCAAAUGUAGAAGUCCGAAUGAUAGAUUUUGCUCAUGUGUUUCCUAGCAACACAAAGGACGAGGGCUACAUUUAUGGUCUGAAGAAUUUAAUCACAGUACUUCAAAAUAUUUUGGAUAACUAAAUUCUUUGCUAUGGUUUUUAUUGGGGGCCAAUGAUAAAGAAGAGCAACAACAUGAAGAAUUUCUGCACUUGUAAUGCUGUAUAACUGGGUUUGUAUUGUUCUAUAUUUUAUUUGUCUUUGUACUUUUGGUAGAAGGGUUUAACUUUUUAUAAUCUCACUCAGGAAAAUAAUUGAUAACUAAUUAAUGGAGUGUGAAAGGACGAAGAUACUUGAGAUUAAGCAGGAUAGGUAAAUCAGUAGGAUGAAAUGUGUAUGGUUGGCUUCAAUCCAAGGAGUACAGUUGUACAACAAGCAAGGAUUAUGUUAGUUCCCAUAACAACUUUAGCGUAGAUACCAUUUGCCCACUUAGCCUUGACACUGAGCCGUAUCUCAAUUAACAGGUUUUUAGAAAACGGACUGAAAACUCUAAUGCGCAGGAUUGAUGUCCUCAGAACUGCCCUCUUGUGUUUACUGUAUUUCAAUAACUGGAGUUAACCCUGCUUUGAGAGAAAUCCCAUUUUGAGUCGGCAGUCUAACCUGGAAGCCCGUGUAUCAAAAAGCGCUUUUCAAUGUCAGGGGACGAUACUGCUGUUCUUUUAGCCUUGGUUGGGGGCGCUUCCCCUCUUGGUGGUUGUCCCUAGCCGAUGUUCACCACAGACAAGCUACAACGUAAUUUCUGUUGAGGUGCUAAGAAAAUGCUGGAGUAAAAUGCCCUAACAGGCUUAAACUGCACAACUGCUAGAGAAACUGUUUGUUUCUAAGAAAGAGUAAAAGAAUGCAAACGCAAGGUUUUCUGGGAACCGAUUUUGUUUAGGAGAUUAACUUGAUCUGUUAACGGAGUGUCUGAUGUUGUGACUAAGGGAAAUGCCUCACUGCUUUGUUCUGAUGGCCCUCCUCCAAAAACAUUGCUUUUUAAAAGCAAACUAAUUGAAUGGGGAAACAAAGCGUUUUAAGUAAGCAUACAGAGAUUUCUCCUAGCCCUUUGCCGCUUGUCUUUUUGCAACAAGCUUUUCAUGCUUCCACUGACUGGAAACCGCGAGCCAUACAGGUGAAGGACCCUUGACUGCGAAGAUCCUGUUCAGCCCUGGAGCAACCAGACAUACCUCCGUUUGUUGCAGCGGAGUUGUGGCUCUCGUACCCUGGGCUAAAGCCAGCUCUUUUUUUUUUUUUUUUAAUGCUGCAUAGGGAAGCUGUGUAGUUUGAAAGUUAUCCCACUUCCUUCUUUUUCACAGGAAAAAAAAAAAUCAAGCUUUCAUAUGGAAUAUUUGAGAUCAGGAUGAUGUAUCCAAAGCACUUUGGGUGUGUCUCUUCUGUAUGCUGUGUACGUGGCUGUCCUACCACGCAUAUGUAGGCAGCUAGAUGAAAAGUCGGGAUGGAGGAGUCUGGCCAUCCAUAGAGCAAGAUUUUAAUGCUUUAAGCAAGCCCCAGAAGUAAAACUUUUUAGAAUGGAUUUGGUCAUUGGAAACAUACAUCUUUUACACGCGGACUUAAUGUGACACCGUGGCCUUGCUGCUCUCUCUGUGUGAUGUCCUGCACUAUGCACUCAUUUGUGUACGCGUCUUUGCAAGUUCUUGAUUUGACGUGUGUUUUUCUAUAUCAGAAAGAGAUAAAUAGUUUUUCAAAUACACUGUUUUAAAUCUGAAAUUUUAGCUCUCUGAGAACCUGGGUUAAUUGGAAGAAACAGGGUAUUAUGUAUAGAACUGCAUUGUUUAAACUUUAGAGCUAAUAUUGGCCAAUACAUUCAAGAAUGAAACCAAUCUGUUAGUAACAGAAUGUUUUUGAAGCAUGGGAAAAGAUGCUUGCAGGAGAGGCAGUAUCAUUUUGUUGAAAAUUUUAUGCAAAUUAUGGUGAAGUAUGAGGGGAAAAUACCAGGAAGAUAAAAUAACUUUUUUCUACCUGAUAUUUCCAUUGCAUCCUCUAGUUAAUAUAUUCCCAACUCUCUGUGAACUAAUUUAAGCCAUAUUCUAGGAAGAGUUUGUGGUUUUAUUUGCUUUGAUGCUGGUUUCUCUGUUAUGAUUUUGUUGUUCUAUCCCGUAAAUAGUUAACACUAGAGUAGCCUAGGCUGGUAGUGGCCUUGUAUGAUAAAUUGACAAUGUUUUAUAGAAAAUACAGGGGGGGAACAUUUAUACAUCUGAAUUUUUGUCCUCUGUAAUUCAUCUCUUCUGGAUUUUAAUCCAUUUUGUGCCGGAGAAAUCAGACAUCUGCCUCAGAGAAGUCAGUUAUUGGAAAAUGAUCUGUGUGCUCUUAGUAUAAGCUCCUUCUCCUGUCUCUGCUUUAAGAUAUACGUCUUCAGUGUUUGAAUGCUCUUUAAGUAUUGAUUGUUGUGUUGACUAUGGCAGUGUUUGUAAUGCACCUGGAAUAUUGUUCAACUGUCAGAAUAUUUUGAAUAAAAAAAAAAUAAAUAAAAGUAAUUUUAUCAUGUUUUUUUACCAGUAGUUAUUAUGGAUGUAUAUCUGUUAAUUUAAAAUGUAACCUGAGAGAUGACAGUAUUUUUAAUUGAAAGUUGUGUAAAUAAAGCUUGCUGUAGAGGUGUUUUGGCAUAGUACCAACUGUGAAUUUUUGCCUGCAGAGGCACUAUAUUCACAUUGCUCUUGCACAUUUUAGAUUUGGUGUUUCUAGUGUCUUCUACCGCACUGUUUUUCAGUUAUAGUUGGAGAUGUAUUCACAGAAAUCGUUAAACAGAUAACAGAAUUAAUUAGAAAAUGAAGAGGGAGCCACUGGUCACUAAAUGUAUGUAUUGCCAUCGAUCUCCCUCCCUCCCAGUGACGUCCCUUUUGUUCUCUGUACAAAGCGGGACAGUUCCGUGGGAAUCUUUACGGAAUGGUAGCAAGACCUAUAGGUAUUUCUGCCCCAUAAAACUGAAAGCAGGGCCCUUCCCCGCACUCGUGUGGUGUGUAUGUCGUUGAUGAAACCCGUCUGGUUUGAUUUUAAGCAAUAAGAGUUUGAUUUGGCAGAAUCACUUGUCGAAAGGGAAGGUCCAUGGAAGCGUUGUCAUUCAUGUACUCUCUGAGAAUAUACUUUUCAGAAAAACUUUCUGCCUAGGUGAUUGUGCGAAUUGUGUAUAGGCUUACCUAAUGGGAGCUUGAAUUGUAUAAAGUUUUAUAAAAAAAGCAUUUACAUAUAUGGUAUUUUUGGAUAUGGGUGGCAUUUGUUGCAUAAAUUACAUUGGAAAUUAUUAUAGCAUUAUGAAAUGUUUAAAAUAUUUUAAUCAAAUCAUUUUAUGAACUUAAACUGGAGACUUAUAGUUGUGAUUCACAUGAAACUUGCACUGGUUUUUUUUUCUGCUGUAAUGCAUAGUCCGACCAUUCUUUUUCAUAACCCUACAGUUUUGUGGAGAACUUUUAAAGUACUCAGUAGAUUAGGAAAUCACCAGUUUGCUUUAGUUUGAUUAACAGAGUGCAUAUGUUCCUGAAAUACUUCAGUGCAUACAGUAUUUUAAGUAAUGUUAGUGAAUUAUACAUCUAUACAUCGUGUUCUCCCUUCAAAAUACAAAGUACUAUCAAGUAUAGGAAGGAAGUGGAAGGAAGGAAGGAGACCCGCGUCCACAUCUGUUUAAAGUUAGGAUUAGUUGUUCAUCAUCCCUCCAAAUUUGUUUAUUUUUUUCCAAGUAAACUUUCCUCCUGAGUGCCACCUUCAGCCCUUGCUCUGGUACCACACAUGACCUCCCAUAGCAUCAUUGCGGAAUGAUUUAAAGUGAAAUUUUUAUUUCCUAAAAAAAACCCUCAUGCCCCAUAACUGCUCUUAGAGUGAAGGUAUUGAAAGACACCAUCCAAAUGCCUCAAAUACUGUGGGAAAUGCAAUUUCCCUUUUGCACUCUCCCAUGAAAGGAAAUGGAGGAGGAGCAGAAUGUUAGUGGAGAGCGUACUUUGGGAGGCUGGAUCAUAGGUUUUAUGAAACUUCUUUACCUGUGUUUUUAAGAGGGCGUUUUGGGGGCAAGAUGAGCGACAGCCAAACCGCAUGAAGUUUUCUUACUGCUGUUGACAUUGAGGUUUGGGUUUAAGGAGGUAGCACAGUGGGGAGCGGGGAAAGUUUGUAAGGAGCCCCGAGUAGGACAUUGGGUCAGUUCUGCAGUGCGGGUAGUCGCUACGGAUAAGAUCCACAGGCUGCGAGUUUUCACGUAUCUCGCAGGGAGAAUAUGCCCUGCAUAUUCAGCGACUUACAACAGACCCUUGUAGGACGUUACCUGGGAAGUACGUUCCUCUCCGUAGCCACAGGCCAAAUACAGCCCAUUUUCCAUGUUCAUGGCCAUCUAUAAAUGAAAGUUGCAGAGAAGGUUGUCAACCCAAGGAGAAAUGUAACUGAGCAGAGUUUGAAAGGGGAAGGAGGAGGAAAGCUAAGGAUUGUACAGCAGAAAACACACUUCAAGGAAUAUCUUCUACUGUUGUCUUGUUUAGUGGCGAUGGGCCCUGUGUGUUUGGAAUUUAGUUUGGUUGUUACAUGACAUGCAACAGCAAAUAGAAGAAAGGUACUUUAAACACACCUUAGUUUGAAUCGUGUGCGUUGUUUCAAAUAGUUAUUUUAUUUUUUUAAAAAAAAAGUGACCUAUGAAGUAACUUCCAAAUAUUAUGUGUUGCACCUGGCUGUAAAUGAAAGUAGAGUGCACAAAGGCACUUUAAUCCUCUGGGAACUGUACUGGAAGGUAAAUGAAAGCAUGUGAAAUUGCACCUGAUGCUGUGGUGUUGCUUUUAAAAUCUAAAAUUCUACAUUAACUAUGCUUGAUGGAUGAAUGUAUCUAGUCUAGUCUGGUCUCGAUUUCUUUGAUUCAAGUGUCUAAAGCCGUCACUCGAUCUCCUCUAAUUUGUAUGUGUUUGUAAUUUCAUUUACUAUAUUUUGCCAUUAUUGGACCGCAGGGGGUAUUGUUAAUAUUACCUGUGUUUAUUUUAUAGAACAUUGUACUAUGCUAUCUAUCAACUUUUGUAACUUAAUUAUAAGUGCUAUUUAGGGUAAUUCUAAUAGCUGUAUAUUUGGCAAAUUAUUAAAAUUUUCUGCAAGUGA